AUGGAUACCGCUAUUGUUGUUAAUGCUCAUACUCCAUUACCAUCUGCUGGAUUUAACACUGAUUAUGGGACACGAGGACCUUCACAUCGAGCAGGUCUAACUGCAAGCCAAUCAAUUGUCCAUGUCAUUAAAGCCUCUUGGAUAAAUAUUCUUUUGGUUUUCGUCCCACUCGGAAUUAUUUCUCAUCAUUUGCAUUGGGGAGAGACUUUGACUUUUUCGUUGAAUUUUUUAGCCAUUAUUCCGCUUGCAAAAAUUUUGGGACUAGCCACGGAAGAAAUUGCAUUGAGAGUUGGUCAGACAAUUGGUAGUCUUUUGAACGCAACAUUCGGAAAUGCUAUCGAAUUGAUUAUUUCAAUCUUUGCCAUUCGUCAAGGCCAAAUACGAGUUGUCCAAGCUUCAAUGUUGGGUUCAAUUAUUACAAGUCUGUUGUUGGUGCUAGGAACGUGCUUCGUAGCAGGCGGCUAUUAUAAAGCAGAACAAAGUUUCAAUCAGACGGCAGCUCAAACCAGUUCAAGUUUGAUGACAUUAGCAUGUAUUGCUCUGAUUAUUCCCGCGGCAUUGCAUGCAGCCGUAGAUGCCGACAACCAUAAAGAAAUUCUCGAUUUGAGUCAUGGAACGGCGAUCGUUUUGCUUGGUGUUUAUGGAUUUUAUUUAUAUUUUCAAUUGAUAUCUCAUAAACAUCUUUACUCAGAAAUUCCAGAGGAAGGCGAAGAACAGCAAGAAGAGCAAGAAGAGAAAGAAGAGCCACAACUUACAUUACAGUUGUCACUUGGAUUGUUGGUAGGUGCAACACUCGUAGUUGCAUUCUGUGCUGAAUAUCUCGUUGAUUCAAUCGAAGGUAUCGUCGAAUCUUCGGGUUUGAGUAGAACUUUUGUUGGUCUUAUUCUAUUACCGAUAGUCAGUAAUGCAGCAGAGUACAUUACUGCAGUUACCGCGGCAAUAAAGGAUAAAAUGGAUCUGGCAAUUGGUUGUACGACUGGAAGUUCGAUGCAAAUUGCACUUUUAAUUACUCCAUUUUUGGUAGUCUUGGGUUGGACGCUCGAUCAACCAAUGACGUUGUUCUUUGAUGUGUUUGAAACAGUUAUUCUAUUUAUUUCGGUUUUGAUAACGAAUUAUCUUAUUCAGGACGGAAAAUCUAAUUGGUUGGAAGGUGUAUUGUUGCUUUCCACGUACAUUAUUAUCGUUCUUGCCUUUUACUUUUAUCCCGAAGAAGACACUUCUCUUUAG